AUGACCACCCAUCAAGUCGCUGGUUUUACCUUGUCUGCUGAGUCUCCUUUGAUAUCCACUUUGGGUGUAGAAGAACUUGUCAAUCGAGCCACGCAACAAGGAAGCUUUCUAGCCGAAUUACUCAAAAUGCUUGACCCACAAAACAUUGCAACCAAUGAAACAGCCAAGGAUGCAUAUGAAGAAUGUGUCAAGCUACGAUCUCAUAUCUCUGAACAAUUGUGGGUUGUAUGCGAAAAUGAAAACGUUACGUCUUUGGAAACGACCAUGGAAUCGCUUGCUCGUGUAUGUGCUCGAUAUGAAUUCUUAAAAGACGUAGCGGAAGGUGAUUGGGAGAUUAUUGAUCAUCGCGUGCCAAUUUGUUGA